UUUGAUUCAUUUUUAGUGAGAUUUUAUUGCUUUGAUUUGGGUUUUGAGAACUGUGUUUUCUUAGAUAACUGACAUAUGCAGUCAAUUUGAUGUAGUGAACUUAAAUUGUAUAUUAAAUAUAUGUUAAUAAAUAUUACCGUUACUUACUUUUUAAUAUAUUUAUUCCAAAAAAAACUAUUAUGGGAAACUUAUUGGAGAAAUAAGAUAAGAACGCCUCUACUGUAUUAUAGAUGUUGACUAGAGAACUUAAAUAAGAGCAUUAUAUGUACACGUUUGCUUAUCCACAGGACCACAACUUUUAAUUGUUGACUAUUAUUUAAUUGAACUUCAUGAAACUCCAUUUGAGGGCCUAGAUUAGCCUAGGAGUUGAAGGUAUACUCUAAUUUCUUCAAGGUGUGUAAAUUGUCUAAGAAAGAUUUCCUUAAGCGAAUAUCAUAAAAGAAGUUAAACCUAAACUAAUUAAAUCCACAAUAAACAAUUUAGCAAGCAAAAUAAGAAUGCCAUGUUUUCAGCACUUCUAUUAAACUAUGUUCAUAUACAAAUUAUCUGUAACUACUUGCCAUGAAUUUUGCGCAAAUUGAAUCUGAAAUUGUGCUUCUAAUUUUAUAGUGUAGGUUUACUCUUGUAUGACAACACUACAUUCAUUUUACCUGACUUUAGUCUUUGUGUGCUCCAUUUGUAUGGUUAGGCUUCCACCAUGUGGAUUAACAGAACUGGGAUCAAAUCGGAGUUGAAUCGUUUUGUUUGUUUUUUUAUUACAUUGUUUUCAAGUCCACUGAGAAAACACUGUGUAGUUUAAAAAAUAACUAAAAAGACAAGGCCCCUCAUAUAUUAUAACAACUUUAGGUAGAUUUAUACUAUAGAGAUAUGUACAUGAGAUUAGAAGGUUUUAUUUACCAGUAAGCAUCUCCUUUAUUUUCCACAUUUUAGGAUCAAAAGCAUAUUAAUCUUUUUUUUUUUUUUAUGAAAACGACCCAAAUUUUUAUUAUCCGCUUUGGGCCUCCAAAAAACUUGAGCCGGCCCUGGUCAUGUUCAUGUCAACCAGUGAGUAUUCGUGUCAUGUUCACAAGACCUUGGUACUUGGUAUGGAACAAGGCUGAUAUGGAUGAAAGCAAAAGGGUAGGUUGUAUCGACCGCGAAGGGAGAAGCACCUGCCGAUGAAUAUGGCAUAAAAUUCUUUGAAACUCAAAGGAUAUCAAGCAAAGGCUUUCAGAGAUCGACACAAAGGCUGAGGUAUGAUAUCAAAGUUGCAUCACAUAUACCAAAGAAGAUGAUUUGGAACUUAAAAAAGGUUAUGACCGAUUGAGAGGCAAAGUUUCGUAUGGUUGAAAAGGUUAUAUAGAAAGAAGCGAAAGAGCACAAGACCAUAUCUUAUUGACCUAAUGUACUAGAACCAAAUACAAAUUUCCAGUCUCAUACUAAUUGACUCGCCUUCGUUGGAUAGCAAGCGUGGGAGAUUGUCAGAAUCAAGGGCAUCAUCCGGCCACCAAACAAGGAAAAGUUUAACGAUGUCUACAUCGUUUAUGAAUUAAUGGAUACCGACUUACAUCAAAUCAUUCACCCUUCCUCUGCAAGAAACUUCACACUGGUGACUACUGACUGGUUUUCAAAAUUGCUCACAUCACCGGAAAUCAUGGCUUCCUUCCUGCUUCGCCUCACAACCUCCAUCGUCCCAUUUCGUCCGGCGGUAGCCAAAGCUGUGUCCGUCGUCCCAUUCCGUCAUAGCAGGCUCAUAGUCAGGUCGUUUUCUUCUCCGUCGAAGAACCCACUGCCAAAAUUUACAUUCGAUUUACAAUUCCUAAGGUCUCAAAUAAAACCCGGAGUUCCGUCAAUACUAUUCACCAUGGUUAACGACGAAGAGAUGACGGUAACCAUGCCUGGAAUGAAGAAAACGGAGAAUGAAGAAGGCGUAUGGUUAUCGUUUGAUGUCCCUAAGCUAGGAAAGCGGGAGUUGACCAUGGAUUUUGAAGGUUUCAAUUUUCUGAUACAACUCAAAACACCUGAGAAAAUGUACCUUGCAACCAUCAAGUUACCGGAGAAUUAUAACCCCUAUUGUGACUUGAAAGGAAGGUUUGAAGAUGGUAUUUGCUACAUAUGCCUUCCCACUCAGAAAAACCCUGAUCCCAUCUUGGCUAAGGCUAAUAUCAACAGAGACUUCACUCGCCCUACGCCUUACUGCGAUAUGUUUAACCGAUCGGAUCUAGGAUGGACGCUUUGCGAAAUAAUAGCGCACCCGAAGGUGAAGAGUAAGUCGUUCACUGUGGAUAAGAAGGAUACGGUUGACAGCAUAUACAUGAAGGGGAAGUUGCCUGGUGUAGAGAAGAUGGUGGUGACAAGGGAAGGCUUGUGUGUGUCGUUAAGCAUGCCUGGGUUUGAGUUAGAGGACGUGGAGGCCGGGUUUGAGUACGACACACUGAUUGUCGAAGGGAAAAGGGAGGGUGAGCACUACAUUGCAGGGGUACGGGUACCCGAGGGGUUCUGUAAGGAGAAUGAUAUGAUCAAGAGAGAGAUGCAAGAUGGAGUGUUUAAGGCUACUCUUCCCCGUGUUGAUGAAAACAGGCUCGUGUUUAGUGUGUAUCGAUAGACGAUUAACAUAUAUUGUUGCUAGCUAUAGAUAUGUAAGAAGUGGAUUGAUGUUUUGAAGUUGAUUGAAACAACUGAAUGACUCUUGUAAGGUUUAUUUGGGCCAAGUUGUAUAUAUUUGGUCCUUUUAUAUUACACUGAGCGAAUAGACUUA